CUGCUAUCAAACGUAACGUUGUACUAUGAUCGGUAAACGUUCCAAUUUAUGACCUGAUUAAACUAGGACGAUAACAGGUGGAACAUAGAUCAGUGUGCACAGGAGAUCGCCCACUUCGGCUGCAGCUGGACAUCCAUCACAUAUACUAAAAAAUGGAACGUAUGCAGGUUGUAUUCGGGCACCUGCCCGGGAGAGUUCAGCCAUCCCCAGUGGCCGGGGCCGGACGUUUUGUUGACAGGCCAGACGACAUCGUAAUAAUCUCUGCCCUAAGGACGCCUAUAGGCAAAGCAAACAGGGGGUCAUUCAAGGAUACGUAUGGAGAUGACCUGUUGUCUGCAGUGUUCCUUGGAGUGAUGAAGGAGGGCAAGGUCUCUCCCCAACAGAUCGGGGAUGUGUGUGUGGGCAAUGUCCAUGAUUCAAAAGAUGCCUUCACUGCUAGAGUAGCCCAGUUCUAUAGUGGAAUCCCAGAAACAGUACCAUUGUAUACAACUAACAGACAGUGUUCAUCAGGACUCCAGGCAUUCAUGAAUGUUGCUGGCUCAAUCAGAAACAAUCAGUGUGAUAUGGGGAUUGGUGCUGGAUUUGAACAAAUGACUAUGAACAAGGGCCUCGACCACUCAUUGAAUCCCAAGUUGUUGGGAGUAGAGAAAGCCAAAAACUGCCUAAUUCCUAUGGGAAUGACGUCUGAGAAUGUAGCAGAAAAAUAUGGAUUGACUCGAGAGGAUCAGGACCAAUUUGCAUUGUUAUCACAGAACAGGGCUGCAGAGGCACAAAGGAAGGGGCUUUUUGAUGACGAGAUUGUUCCUGUUACCACGACGAUCAAGGACAAGGAGGGGAAUGAGACAACAAUCACAGUAACAAAAGAUGAUGGUGUUCGCCCCACCACACUAGAGGGACUACUCAAGUUGAAACCAGCAUUCAAAAAGGGAGGUUCCACAACGGCAGGUAACAGUAGCCAGGUCAGUGAUGGAGCUGCAGCAGUCUUAUUGGCAAAGAGGUCAGAAGCUGUUCGCCUCAAUCUGCCAAUCCUAGGAGUCCUGAGAGGGUAUGCUGUUGGUGGAUGUCCUCCUGAGAUCAUGGGUAUUGGACCAGCAAUUGCCAUCCCAAUGUUAUUAGCAAAGACUGGCUUGACCAAGGAGGAGAUAGAUAUUUUUGAGAUCAAUGAGGCAUUUGCAAGUCAGGCUAAAUACUGUGUGGAUAAACUUGGGCUUCCAUCGGAGAAGGUGAAUCCAAAAGGAGGAGCCAUUGCCCUGGGCCACCCUCUUGGUUGUACAGGUGCCAGGCAAAUCGCUACACUUCUACAUGAACUUAAAAGAAGAGGGAAAAAGUCUUAUGGUGUGGUAUCUAUGUGUAUGGGAACAGGAAUGGGAGCUGCUGCUUUAUUUGAAUACCCUGGUCCUGCGCAGUAAUCCAGCAGAUGAAACACAUCAUCUGUGAUUAUUUAAAGUAUCCAUAUGCAGAGAGAGAGAACUUAAUUUAAUUUGGAAUAAAGAACAAAUUCAACAAUUUUAUUGAGAUUUUAGUGAAGGGAAGGUAAACCUACCUAGUCCAAACACUAAAGGACCCAUACUGGAAUACCAACAUCAUGACAUAUAUUUACCCAGCAUACAGUUCAGCUUAAUCAGAGAAUUCUUCAAUGACAGCAAGGAAAACAUAAAAUGAUGGAAAUUAUUUCGGUGCCAUUGAAAUAGGGUUAAACUGUUCAGUGCCUAUUUAUCUUUAAAUGGACCUAGCAAAAUAGUUCAUUUCAUUUAUAAGGGACACAUGAAGUGUGCAAUGAUUGAGUGUGUGGUUGUAUGAAAACGCAUGAUCAAAGAGGGAAAUGAAAGAUUUGUGUUGAAACUUAAUAAAUUAAAUCAUUCCACUUGAAA